AUGAAAGAGAAAAAGAAGAAGAAUGUGGUGGUGUUUGAUCUGGGUGGUGGCACUUUUGAUGUCCCUAUACUGACUAUGGUAGAAGGGGAAUUCAGUACCUUUGAGGUGAAAGCCGUUGCUGGUGACACUCAUUUGGGAGGCGAGGAUUUUGAUAACCGCAUGGUGGAUCAUUGUGUUAUGGAAUUUAAAAGAAAAUGGAAGAAAGACUUGACACCUAACAAAAAAGCAUUGGGGAGACUGAGAUGUGCUUGUGAGAAAGCAAAAAGGAUUCUCUCAAGCAAUACUCUCACAUCUAUCGAGCUAGAUUUCUUGCAUGAGGGGAUUGAUUUCUCUAUAAAAUUCAGUCGAGCUAAAUUUGAAGACCUCAACAUGGAGUAUUUUGAUCGAUGCAUCAAGACUUUGGAGGCAUGUUUAAGCGAUGCAAAGAUGAAGAAACCGGAGGUAAAUGAGGUGAUUCUUGUUGGUGGGUCAACUAGAAUACCAAAGGUCCAAUGUAUGUUGCAAAAACUUUUGAAUCAGAAGGAGCUAUACAAGAGCCUAAACCCCGAUGAGGCUGUAGCAUAUGGUGCAGCAGUUAUGGCUGCAAAGUUAAGUGUUAACAGUGAUAAAAGGUGUCGAGAUUUGGUGUUAUUAGAUGUCACUCCUUUGUCCCUUGGUAUACAAAUAAGAGGCAAAAGAUUUAGCAUCGUGAUCCCACGGAAUACGCCAAUACCUAUGAAAAAAUCCAAAAAUUAUUUUACAUCCCAUGACAACCAGACUUACACACAUACGCCUUUCUAG